ACCACCACCACCACCAGAGAGAGGGUAAUCUCACAAAUAUCAUCCUACUCUCACAAAUAUCAUCCUACUCCAACUCCUAUAAAAAAGAAAUAAAAGAAAGAAAGAAAGUAAUUAAGAAGAUACUGUGGUUCAGAGCACAGUGGGAUAGAAGGAAAGGACAAAGAUAAGAAAGAUAAGAAAAAUAACAGGUGGAGGAAUUAAUAGAGAGGAAGGCCCUCUUCCCACUAUCCCUCUCUCCCCCCACCACAGUAUAUAUACCCCAGUGCCCAUCUCAGUAGUAUCAGCCAACCCCACAUAUAUCCAAUAGAUCACAUCACAGCUCCAAAUUUGGCCCUCUCCACUAUUCCUAAUCCCAUACCAAAGAUUUGGGCCUAAAAAGAUGGGAGGCAGCAAUAGCAACUGGAGCAGCGGCGGCGCCACCGGCAGCAAGCUGCUGGAGAUGCUGAACGUGAGGGUGGUCGGCAACGUGGACCGGCCGGCGCCGGCGCUGGUGCUGUCCCACGGCAUCGGCACCGACCAGUCGGCGUGGAACCGCAUCGUCCCUUACUUCGAGCGCGACUACCGCAUCGUCCUCUACGACCUCGUCUGCGCCGGCAGCGUCAACCCCGACCACUUCGACUUCCGCCGCUACGUCACCCUCGACGCCUACGUCGACGACCUCCUCGCCAUCCUCGACGCCCUCCGCAUCGACCGCUGCUUCUUCGUCGGCCACUCCGUCUCCGCCAUGAUCGGCAUCCUCGCCGCCAUCCGCCGCCCCGAUGCCUUCCUCAAACUCAUCCUCAUCGGCGCCUCUCCCAGGUUUUUGAAUGAUGAGAACUAUCAUGGAGGAUUCGAGGAGGGUGAGAUAGAGACGGUGUUCGCGGCGAUGGAAUCGAACUACGAGGCGUGGGUGAGGGGGUUCGCGCCGCUGGCGGUGGGGGCGGACGUGCCGGAGGCGGUGAGGGAGUUCAGCCGGACGCUGUUCAACAUGCGGCCGGACAUCACGCUGUUCGUCUCGAGGACGGUGUUCAACAGCGAUCUUCGCGGGGUGCUGGGGCUCGUGCGGGUCCCCUGCGUCAUCGUCCAGACGGCCAAGGACGUGUCGGUGCCGCCCUCCGUCGCCGGCUACCUCAAGGCCCACCUCGGCGGCCGGACCACCACCGAGCUCCUCCACCACACCGAAGGCCACCUCCCCCACCUCAGCGCCCCCGCCGCCCUCGCCCCCGUCAUCCGCCGCUCCCUCUCCCGGUGACCGCCCGCCGCCGACCGCCGCGGCCGGCCACCACCACGGUUUUAUUAAACGUAGUGCUGUUUGGCUGUGACACGUGGAGAAUAAGGUGUGGUGUUUUUCUUGGGUGGUUGUACUGGAUAAAUUAUAUUUAUCUCAAAGAGUACCUCACGUGGUCGUCACGUGAUAUAGGCUUUGUCUUAACCCUUGUCCUUUUUUUUUUUCUUCAAAUCUUUUGGCAAGAGUAUGUUGGAGGAACGGAUGGGUUUUCCUUCUAUUUUGCUUUGGAAAAUCUACGUUAACGAGUGGGAGACGUAAAGUGGAACGUGUGUA